GUACAAGGAAAGGGGAGUUCCCUUCCUGGAGAUGGAGCAUGGGGUGUAGGUAAAGACGCUUGGUGUAAGCGAGCAGAAGCAGGGGCACUACUCCUGACCGCACUGUGAUAGGAACCAUGCCUCCUCCUCCCGGGACGAGGGAGGGGAGGGAUCACCUUUCAGCCACGUGGCAUGCACUCAGCCCCGGAGAAUCGCCUGCAUCUCACUGGCCAAGCGGGUUGGCUUUGAGAGCCUCAGUCAGUAUGGCUCCCGGGUUGGCUACCAGAUCCGCUUUGAAAGCACACGCUCGGCGGCCACCAAGAUCGUGUUUCUGACGGUGGGGCUGCUCCUACGCCAGAUCCAGCGCGAGCCCCCCCUGCCCAAUGACUUCCUGCUGGGCGUCCUGCGUCGCCUGCUGCCCCGGCGGCCCGACCUCAAGGUCAUCCUCAUGUCGGCUACCAUCAACAUCUCUCUCUUCUCCAGCUACUUCAGCCAGGCUCCCGUGGUGCAGGUGCCUGGGCGGCUUUUCCACAUCACGGUGGUGUACCAGCCGCAGGAGGCAGAGCAGACAGCGUCCAAGUCAGAGAGGCUGGACCCACGGCCUUUCCUGAGAGUGCUGGAGGCCAUCGACAAUAAGUACCCCCCUGAGGAGCGGGGUGACCUCCUUGUCUUCCUCAGCGGCAUGGCAGAGAUCAGCACGGUGCUGGACGCCGCCCAGGCCUAUGCCAGCCUCACCCAGCGCUGGGUGGUGCUGCCGCUGCACAGCGCGCUCUCUGUGGCCGACCAAGACAAGGUGUUUGAUGUUGCUCCAGCUGGUGUACGGAAGUGCAUCCUGUCCACCAACAUUGCAGAGACCUCGGUCACCAUCGACGGGAUCCGCUUUGUAGUGGACUCUGGGAAGGUGAAGGAGAUGAGCUACGACCCGCAGGCCAAACUGCAGCGGUUGCAGGAAUUCUGGAUCAGCCAAGCCAGCGCCGAGCAGCGCAAGGGCCGAGCGGGCCGCACGGGCCCCGGCGUCUGCUACCGAUGAAGAGUAUGAGUGUAGGAGACCCCCGGACCUUCCCCUUCAUCGAGCCCCCUCCACCUGCCAGCCUGGAAACUGCUAUCCUGUAUCUCCGAGACCAGGGGGCCCUGGACAGCUCCGAGGCCCUCACCCCCAUCGGGUCUCUGCUGGCCCAGCUGCCUGUAGACGUUGUGAUUGGUGAAGUCUGAGCGGAGCAGGAACUCUCGCAAGUGGUGCCGCCGCCGGGGUGUGGAGGAGCACCGGCUGUACGAGAUGGCCAACCUGCGGCGCCAGUUCAAGGAGCUGCUGGAGGAUCACGGGUUGCUGAAUGGCGGCCAAGGUUCCCUACAGCCUCCGACGGCUCACUGGCCUAGAAGCCCAGAACCUCUAUGUGGGACCCCAGACCAUCACGACCGCCCCUAGUCUACCCGGCCUCUUCGGAAACUCUACCCUGUCCCCACACCCCACCAAGGGGGGCUAUGCUGUCUCCGAUUUUCUCACCUACAACUGCCUCACGAGUGACACCGACCUGUACAGUGACUGUCUCCGCUCCUUCUGGACCUGCCCACACUGUGGCCUGCACAUGCCGUUCACACCCCUGGAGCGCAUCGCUGGUCUGAGGAGGCUGCUCCUGCACCACCGCAGAAAACCUCGGCGCUGCAGAGACCCUACCACUGCCCCGUGUGUGGGGAGGACUUCCUCUUCACGCCCACUGAGGUGCUGAGACAUCGCAGGCAGCAUGUGUGAUCCAGGAGCUCCAGGGAGCACCCCAGAUGCUCCAGGCCAGAACUCUAGGGAACACGGGGGCGGGGGCAGUGGGGUGUCCGUGUAAAUAAAGCAGACUUUGCAUCUGAACCUGUGCCUCCCAGUGGGGAGAGCCACAGCUGUGGUCCAGG